AUGGCCUGGCCAGGUUUCUUAUCUUUUUUAUUUUCGCUUCUAAACUCAUUGUUGUUCCAAAAUGAUCCAUUCUUGGGACAAACUGGCGAGCCACUCACUGUAAUAAGAACAACACCAGCGCCCAACCUCACGCAAGGAGUACUUGUUGAUUGGUCUCGACCACCUGGUACUAUUCUAACAGACUGCAUUGCUAUACGUUCUCAAAUUAUAGUUAAUUUAACAGAUGAGAAAAACAAUAUAAACGAGUCCACAACCGUUAAUGCUAUACCACAAGACUUGAUCUUUCUAAAUUCCUCUUACAAUGGAAGGUAUACUUUAGACUCAGUGAAACUUACAUUUACCCUCAAUAAUUCAGCUACCGAAAAUGAGGUUGCCACAGAUACAACCGUGUUCAGUGUCCCCGUUGGUGCGUAUUUCACAUGUGACGAUGAAAUACAUAAGGAAUUAUCAGGGGAAAAUGGACAAGAUGUGAAAGUUGAUAUUUAUUUUAAUAAUUCGAGUAUGGAAGCAUUCAAACUUCACAACAGAGCAGAAUUCGAAAGCCAUGCCGUAGACUGUCCAGGUAGCAAACCAUGGCGGUAUAAAGUUGUAUUGGUUGUAUGCACUACAUUGCUUGCCACAUGUAUUUUUGUAUUUGUAACAUAUCUAAUCAUUCGCCGUGGAAAACAAACAACUUAUGAACCAAUGAAAUAG